AUGGGCGGACGGACGUGUCGCUCUAUGCUGGAGCGCUUACGCAUGAAGCGCAAUAACACCAAGAGUCAGGCGGCUGCACGAAAUGGUCGGGUCAAGAACGAUACACGUCCCACGGAUGCCUCACUGCGUGGUGGCAGCUCUUCGCGGUCCAAUUCCACGGGCAAGGAUGCUGAGCCGAUCAAAGACCUGGCUCCCGGCCAGCCGCAGCAACACUCCCCUGCCGGUGCGGCACCAACCGACAGCUGCGAGGGCGUGGAGUCCAUUACGGCGUUAGCGACCGGGAUAGCGGUGCCGCCGCUGCUCAACACCGCCAGCAGCGCCGCCACCGCAACAGCCACCUCCUUUCCUAGCCAUGCUAUUACACAGAAUCCCCAGCAGCAGCAGGGCGUGGCCCUGGAUUUCGGGACGCCCUUGCAGUACAGAGAGCGGCAGGCGGUACUGCUGCAGGGUCAGGGCGGUGAUUGUGACCCACGGGUCGUGUCCCUGCCAGCUUGCGCUCCAAGGGGGCCCAUGGACGCGUUGCCACCUGGCGGGGGAAACCUCAGUGAGCGACAGCUGUAUAUUUCCCAGGGCGCUGGACCAGGACAGCAACCCAACCGCAUCCUGGCCGGCGGCAGCUCCGCCGCUCAAUUCCGCAGCAGCCGCAUCGCCGAGUACGACAUCGGUGACCGACGGGAUGUGCCUGACAGCAGGCCCCCCAUGCAGCAGUACCGUGACGCGCCGUACGGCCGUUCAACCGGCGUGGACGGCAGCAUCGGCUGGAGCAGUAGCAGCGGAGGCAGCCUUUCCGCCGCCGCUCUGGCAGGCAUGGUUCCGCGGCGGCCUGCACCACCACAGCCAGAACCCGCACAGCGCCCUAGCGAGCGGGACGUUCACCGACAGCUGGGUAAUGGUGGCCGGGAGGACCCCUUGCUGCUACAGCUGGCCAUGAUGACCAGAGGCCCACCUGACCGGGUCGGUGUGCCUAAACAUGAGCAACAAGCGCUGGACCUCGGUCCGCCACCCCUACCGGUGAACCCGGUGUUGAACCUAGGACGUCGAGUGGACUUGAGCUUAGAGCUUCAGCUUCAAGAUAUUUAUCGCGAGGAAGACCCGUUGCUGCGCUCCCUGAGCAGUGGUGCUCCCCUUGGCCAUCCUAACUCCAGCAACACCGUGACUUCCACGGCGGCAUUGCUUCCACAAGACCCCUUGCUGCCGCUGGGGCAUCGGGCGGCGGCGCCGCUGCCGCAGCCAUCGGCAGGACAUGCUGCCAUCCGGUUCGGACACCAGCAGCCCCCGAUGAUGGGAACGGCGGCGUCCGCGUUGUUGGGCCCCCAGCAGCAGCAGCAGCAGCGCAACCAGCAGUGCAACCAGCAGUGCCAGCAGGCUUUCAGCGACUUAUCGACUGCCCUUAGAUUGGCAGCGGUUGACGGUAUGAAUGUGGAUACAGACCAUAUGCGCCUGCAGACGUCCCUGGCUGCACGUAAUGCUCAAGCGCCGGCGCCAUCUGGAUCGGCAGCCUGUGAUGGAGCGUUUGCGGCGGGGGCGGUGAGUGAUGGCAUCUAUGGUAGCAUGUAUGGCGGUGGCAGCUCAGCCGCUAUGGCCAUGGCUGCGAUUCCAGAGGCCGCCGACAGCAGCUUGGUUAGGUGGUCCAGUAAUGAUAUUGACGCUGCUCUGGAUAUGCUGAUGGAGGAGGCUGGAAGCGGUGCAGUUUACCAUACGGGAAAUAAUACUGCAUCCCUGGAGCGCAUUUGCUUCAAGCUUAACAAUCUGCACCCCCAAGAUCUACCGCCCGACCUGAUGGGCGCAAUGGGGUCCUGGCUAGCAGCGGCGCGUACGGAAGUCGUACAAGGUGCUGUACGGCCCGGCUGCAUAAUGCUAGUCCUCGACGUCUACGUAAAUGGCCCCGACCCGGCGGAUGAGCUGAUGGAGGAAGGAAGCGAUGGCGGCGAUACCGCCAACGACGACGGCAGGGACGGUGCCGGCGGCAGUGAUGCAGCGACGAGCUUUUCACUUGGGGAUCCGUUGCAAUCCGGCGACUCGUCAACGGGGUUGGCGGGCGGCAAGGGGCGCGUUCUGGGAGGCCUUGUCCUCUCAGGGCACGACCUGGCGCAUUUGGAGGCAGCCGCGGCGGCGGCUGGUGGUGAGGUACUUCAGCCCAUUCCAGAUCUGGCUUAUGGCUCGUCGCCUUUGAACGUUGUGGGAAACCAGGGCGGAAUCUCUUCUGAGGCCAGCACAGCGCACCUGAGCGCUUAUGUGAUGCACAGGGGCAACGUGCGAGCGGCGACGGCGUGCUACAAGAAGCUGCUCGGACCGCGUGCCGUACAGUCCAUGGCGGUUUCCAUCAGGCAUGAGGUGUUGACCAUCUCAAGUCCUGCUAGAGGGCGCUAUGUGACAGAUGUUCGCGGCACAAUGGCAGGGCUGGACACGCCGCUGCUGCUGUCGGUGUCACCGUUGGCGGUUGUAGCAGGUACGCGUCAAGAAGACAAUGGGCGCGCGGUAUGCGCAGUGGAGGUACGCCGGCUGUGUGUGACGGUGGCACAGGACAGCGCAGCAGCAGCAACAGCAGGAAACGCAGGAGGAGCCGCGGCCGCUGGAGGCACAUUUUGCGAUGGGGACGCCUUCCAGAAGGUUUCGCCCUACGACCUGCCGGCGCUGAUGGGCCAGCUGCUUGCCAGCACGCUCCCUGGCAGCCACCGGGCGGAGGCCGUGGCGGAGUGUACGAACGUUAAUCUUGCGUUUAAUGCUCCCGAUGCGGGCCUCCUGAUGGUGGAGUGGGAGGCUGACUGCUCCAACGGCAGCGGCGGUAUCAGCCUGAGCGAGUGGCUACCACUGCUGUCAGUACCGGACAUUGCCAUGGCAUCGGAGAUUAACGAGCUGGAGCGCGCCAGGGAUGGCAACGACAAGAGGCAAGUCUGCAGUCACGCGACUUUGCAAACUUGCGUGACCGCGUGGGUUCGACCCUUCCUGGACGAUCUCGGUUUGGUUUUGGAUUACGUCACCCGGAUCAGCCAUGGCUUGCUGAUGCCCAUUUCGACGCUGAUGACAACGGGGGAGGAUGCAUCGGGCGAGGAUGCGGCGGGCGGCGGCUCGGACGUCGGCGGAGGUCGAGGUGGCGGAGAUGGUGGAGGUGGCGGUGCAGCCACGUUACCGUCGUCGGGGGAUUUUGCGUCCUGGCAAAGCCGCAGCGGUGGCGGUGGUGCGGACCAGCGCUCCUCUCCAGCAACAGCUGAAGGCCUCCCGGACAGCUCCGGCGGCGUCAACCCAUUUCGAUUGGAGCACGACUCCCGCACUGAGCUUAUGACCAAGCCACGGCUGUCCAAGAGGCAUUACAACCGGGUGGCGGCAUUGACGCCUGCGCUGCUGGCCUUUGCGGCAGAUAGCGGCAUGUUAGCUGUCAUGUCCUGGCUGAUGGACUUCAUGCUGGAGCAUGUGUAUUUUGGCGAUUUGGCAGCCGUGUUUCAGAGCGUCGAGUCGGUGGGCGAUGGAGCUAUGGUGCUCCCGCUGCUGCACCGGACGGUGCGCAGUGGCAAACCAGACGCGGUGCAACUGCUGCUGCACCGCGCCGCCUCACAUAACAUGGCCUGCAACUUGGCUCAGCCUGCUGAUAUCUUGGGCUGCUGCCAAGCUGCUCCAACGAACAAGACCGCCGAAGCACUCCCCCAGGGGAAAGGGGAGCUGGAAAACUCUUCUCACUCCGAGAGCACUGCCAUGGCUUUAAGAGCGGCCGCUGAGGCCGUUGUUACCGUUACCGCGGACCGCACGACUUCGCGCGACUCCGCGUCUGGUUCCGCUUCUGCCACUGCCUACAACUCCUGGGCCAGCGAGGAGCCCACUGACGCGUCCGUGAUCGCUGCGGGCACGGCUGUCCCCGCCGCCGCCGCCGCCAGCUUCACCGGCCGUACUCUUAGUGCCGCCGAGGCCCCGACCCCGCCGCUGCCCACUGUAGCCGCCGCAGUCGGCUACGAGCGUCGCGACGGCGUUGGCAGUGACGAGGCAGGGGCCGGGAUGGGCGACAGCGCGGAGGAGUUUCGGGAGAGGCAGGAGUUUCGCCGCCGGGGCGGCCGACUGGCGGACUUGGGAGCCGAGGCGGUGAUGGAGACGAUGACGGCGCCUGAAGACGCCGCGCCACGCGCAGUACGCAGCGAUCUAGGUUCUGCUGUGGUACGAGGGGGUCGCGCGGACAUGACGGCGGAAGCGCCGGCGGCGGCGGCGGCACAACCUCGUGUUGGGACGACCCAGCAGGGAAACGGCUGGGCCCCGCUGCAAGUGUUGACACGGAUUAAGGAGGGUUGCAGCGGGGCGGCUACCAUGUUGACUUGGUUGCGGGCGAGGGGGCCGAGCACGGCAGGGGCGGCGGCGGCGCCAGCGGAGUCGGGAUCAGGGUUGUCUGGUCCCUUGCCGUCCGCAGGCUACGGAUUGCAAUCGGUUGCGGCAGCGACGACAGCGGACAGCCAUUCCGUCCAGACCAGCCCGAAGGCUAAUGCCGCCUUGAAGACGUCUUCCUGCGGAGAUUCCACGGAGGAUUGGGUGAAGAUGAAGCUCUCGAUGCACGCGAGGGAAGAAAAACAGCAGGACGCAACAGUGCAGCAGAGGACGGAGCCGCGGCGAGGUGGUCGAGCCGCUGGUGGCAGCGGCAGUGGUGGUGUACAUGGAAAUGGGGGCGGCGAGGGUGACGACCUGCAGGGCCAGGAGCGGGGGCUGAAGUUGGGGAAGUGGAGCCUUACAGCCGGGAACAGUGGUGCCGCCUCCGCAGCACCGCGAGAAGCGAAGGGGGCUGUGGGCUUUGCUUUCCGUGAGGUAGUGGGUUUUGUAGUAUCCACAGCGGCAGCAACAGCUGCAGCGCGGGCCGCGUGGCUGCCCGAUGCUGUGCGCGGCGCUGCUGCAGCACGAGUGGGUCGUGGGGAGGGGUUGGACGGGCGGUUUCUGGGCAGGCCGAUGUUGGUAACGUUGUUGAUGUCGGCCAUUGCAGUUGCGGUUGGGGUAAUUGUAGCUUUGGUUAGCCGAUUCGCCGGCCAAGAUUCGUUGGUUGACUCUUAG